AUGCCCCUGCGUUGGCACCCUUUACGUUCGAGGACGCCACCUGCGAAACGCAACAGCUGCGACGCCACCACGUUGGCCGAGCAACGUCUUGAUGCAGCGGUCGACGCAUUCAUCGCAUCAAACCCCACCAUCCCACUGCCGGCCCUCAUACGGGCGCUGCAGAAGCGCUGCGCCAGCAGCGGAGUCGUGAAACCCAAUCUCAGCAAGCAAAACGGCUCGUGGACGGCGGAGGGCUGGCUGGCCUCCAUCGACCUCGAAUGUGCCAUCUCUGGGUGCCUCCUCGGCGUCGACGGCGACGGCACGGAGGACGAGCUCGCAGCGUGCCGCUCGCUCGGCCUCGCGCUCGAUUCUGAGGCAGCGCUCGCUGCACGGCUGCGCGCGGCGGGCCUCGAGAGCAAGGUUGCGCGCAUCCUGUACCCUGAGCUCUCCGCGCUCUCCAGGGGAGGCGCGAGCGCGCCGGGCGGCGCCGACCUGCAGGCAAAGUUCGCCGGCGCCGUCGAGCUAUCGUACGCGAGCAUCACCGACUUCCACAAAGGCCUCGAGGGCCGAAUCGGCGCGCCGCACCCGAGCGUCGCUGAGGCGAUGCGGGCGGAGCACACGCAGGCGGCGGACUCGCGCGAGCCCUUCACGACGCCGAACUACGGCGUCCACACCACUAGCGAAGAGGAGUGGCUCUUUGUGCUCGAGGCCGCUGAGGGCCUGACGCGCCUCGGCCGUGACGCCUACGCCGAGGAGAGCGAGUCGAUGCUGCCUGACCGCGAGCGUUGCCGCCGCCCGAAGCCACUCGCCGAAGUGCUCGUUGAGAUGGGCGCCUUCAACGCGCGGCUUCUGGCGCUCGGCGAGCCGGAGCUCAUCCGGCAGGAGGUGGUCGCGGCGCGCCUCUACACCGGCCCGCUCUUUGUCAAGUACAACGGCGUGCUGCGCGGGCUCAACGCCGAGUCGCAGUACCUACGCGGCGAGAUGAUCCGGCUCUGCUGCUCCGGCGACGUCGCGGCGCGGUACAAGGCGGGCGAGACGUCAUUCGAGGCGGCGCUUGGCACGAUGAACAAGUACACGACGACAAUUCACGCAAUCAAUUCGUGCAUCGUCAAAAGCGCAAAGCUCACGGCGGCGAGCAAGAUCUACCGCGGCAUCGCUGGUAUGGCGCUGCCACCCGGAUUCUGGACAGCUAACGAGUUUGGCGUGCGCGGCGGCGUAGAGCGGGCCUUCCUCUCGACGACCACCGACAGGUCGGUCGCGAUGGGCUAUGCGGCGGGAGAGGGGGCCAACUAUGGCCUCGUCUUCGAGAUCCAGCAGGGCAUGGUCGACCGCGGCGCGGACAUUUCGUGGCUGAGCCAGUACCCGCACGAGAGGGAGACGCUGUUUGGGCCAUUGACCGGGCUAGAGGUGCAGGGCACGCGAGUCGACGGCAGUGUGGUGGUCAUUGAGGCGCGCCUCUCGGUCAAUCUCAACGCGCUGACGAUCGAGCAGGUGAUCUCGAAGCUGCAGCGCUCGCACGUGGGCCUGCUCGAGGGCAUGGCCGACGAGCUGCGCUUCUCCGGCGCGCCACAAGCCGUGCUCGACCCUCUCGACGCGCUCAAGGCCAAAGCGCAAGUGCGUGGACGCGAGUUCUUCAACGACGCGAGCCUCUUCAAGCAGGCGACGACCGAGGCGCUCGAGACGCGCGAGGCGGCGCUUGACCUCCUUGGCAAGCGCUCGACGUGGGCGCGGGUGGAGGGGGCGCCACAGGCGGUCGCCAAGGCGAUGCGCCAGUGCGCGGAGCUGCUUGCCGAGAAGGAGCUGCACGAGGCGGCGGCGCUGCUGCUGGUCCUCGCAGUGGAGCGCUGCCCGGUCCCAAGGGAGGUCGCGGAGCGUGUCGACGAGGUGUGCAGACAGAAGCUGCUCGUGCCCAGCAAGCUGCACCGCAGCGGCCUCGAGGCGUUCGACCAUUUUCUCUUCACUCAGCUGGGCGGGCGCAACGUCAACAAGCAGCCGUGGCCGCUCACCGUCCGCAUGCUCGUCAAGCACUUCACGGGCGACGCGAAGGGCGAUCAGAUCGCCAAGGCCAUCUGCCGCAGGCGCGACGUCGACGGCGGCGUGGCGCAGGUUCAGCCCUUUGAGCGCGCGGCCUCCGCCGCUGCGCGCAAGGGAAGCGCACUGCUGCACGCGGCCUCGAUGGGCGAUGUUCAGGCCAUUCAGGAGGCGUUGGCUAUGAGUGGCGAGGCUGCGGUCAACCAGACCGUCGCGCACGGCGUGACGCCUCUCAUGCUGGCCGCUCGUGUCGGCGCGGCAGACUGUGUGGAACUGCUCCUUGCGGCAAAGGCGGACGCGACGCUCAAAGAGUGCCGCAAAGGCCUUGGGCGAAGUAUGAGCCGACACCAAUCCCAUGGCAUCGAUGCCCUCGCGUUAGCGGCUGUAUGCAAGGGCGACGAGGGCGUGCGCUGCGUCGACGCCCUGCUUGCGGCCAAUGCGGACCCGAACUCGCAGAGCCAGCCGCUGAUCUACGCGGCAAGGCUCGGACACAACACCGAGGUGCGCAGCGUCUUGUCAUUGCUGCGCGCGGGCGCCAACGUCAACGCGUACGACGCGCAUGGCAAGACGGCCCUCAUGUAUUGCGCGCUGAAUUCGCACGGCGGACUCACCAAGGCGCUGCUGGAGGAUGCGGAGCCGACCAUCACCGGCGCGCCACUAUCACCCCCCAACCACGCGGGCAUGCUCGGCGUCGGCGUCGGCACACGCCACAGCCUAAUGGGAUACACCCCCCUUAUCAGCGCGGCCGAGGGAGGCCACGCUCGUUCCGUGGCGGCGCUGCUGGCGGCGGGCGCCGAAGUGAACGCAUUCGCCAAAGUAGACGUGGACGCCACCAUCGGGUACACGGCCCUCAUGGCGGGGGCGGGCUCCGGCGACGUUUCUGUCGUGCAGCAGCUUCUCGCCGCCGGCUCGGCCGUCGACGCAGUGGAUUCUGGCGGCAGCACGGCGAUGGUCCGUUGCGUGCUCGCUGGGCACACGCGGGUAGUGGAGUUGCUCACGGCGGCUGGCGCGAAGGAUUGGGAUUUGAUGCGCGACGGCGUGCCGCGGCGGCAGUGGAAGUUCAAUCUGCGCGGCGCAGCCGGCGGCUUGGGCGCGACCCUCACGGCGCUGCCAGAGUCGAUCGGCGAGUGCCUCGCCCUUGAGCGCCUAACCCUCGACGGCUGCGCAAAGCUCCUCACGCUGCCGCGGGCGAUCCGCUGCUGCCUGGCAUUGCGCGCACUCUCGCUGAAGGGGUGCACCGCGCUGACCUCGCUGCCUGCGUCGCUGCCGAAGCUCGAGUCGCUCGACCUGACGGAUUGCGUCAGCCUCGAGGCCCUUCCCGAGUGCUUGCUCCGUCGUGCGGAGGGGCCGGUGGAGAGCCUCACCCUCCUCGGAUGCAGCAAGGUGCUGGUCGAGCUCGAGCAGGACGAGGCUGGCGGUGGUGUUGCGUCGACGAGCGUUGUCGCCGCCGGGAACAAGGGAGCGGUGCGGCUGAUGGUGGAGUCGGAGGGAGGGGCUGUCGAGGCUGUCGACGCCGCUCCGUACUUGGAAAAGAUGUCAGGGUGGCUUGUGGACAAUGGGCAACGGAGCAUGCUACUAGAGCCGUCUUCUAUGGGUGAGGAGUGA